CAGAAAGUCUCCUAAAACACUAGAAAAAGUCGCUAGAUUCUUCGCUAGUAGCUUUUGUCACCAAGAGGGUUUGGAAAGUCGCUAGAUUUAGCGAGUGUUUGCUUUCAACUUCUGGUAAAGCAGCAAAGAGUACCUGACAGCAAAGGAAAGACAUACAAUCAUGACUUACAGAAGUAAGUCAAUCUACAAGCUGUCCCUGGUUGCUGUUAUCUGCUUCAUCAAAGCCAGCAGCAGCAGCUGUCCAGUGUUGGAGUGCUGGUUUGUGCAGGAGAAAGCGGGUCGAGGAGGAGGUUUAGCUGCAGCUACAAGCCAGGAAAAAUCUCUGCUUCACAUCAGAACAGACGCCUACAGCCACUCUGCAGAGUCCCAACAGGCUCCAUCUGACAUCAACCCCGACAGAGUUUACUUUAUUACCGACCCAGCUGCCACUCUCUGCCACCGCUCUCUGAACCCUCCAAGAGGCUCUGUCAACAAGCCCCAUUGUGAGAUCAACCCCUUCUUGCCGCAGCCCUCCACCCUCAAAUGGGUUGCUCCACUCACGGACUCCGCCUUAAGCCCCAUAUACCUGCAAGCUGAUUGGUUUUCAACUUCCAUUCAGGGCCUCAACAAACAGCUGGCCAUUUCCACUAUCACGCGUGCUCCAACAGCAGCCCAAGAGCCCAAUGUGAUCCUCAGUGUGACCAGUAAAACCGUCUCAGUGCAGUCCAGACUCGGGGAACCAGUGCUACUGGAUUGUGGCUUCUGGGCCUACCCCCCUUCACCUCUAUCCGGGUCGGGGUUUGCCGUAGAGUGGCGCUACCAAUUCAGAGGCGACGGACGUUUGGUUCUGGCCUACGACGGGAAAACGGACCGCUUGGCUGAUACACAAGAGGAAGGGGCCACACUGGACUUCGAGGGUUUGCACAGGAAAGGAAAUGCGUCUCUGAUCCUGCAGGAGGCUAAAGUGCGCCACUCCGGGAUGUAUAUUUGUACGGUGUAUCUGCCGUACCUUGUGGCUCAGGUGGCGGUGGAGCUUGAGGUUGUAGAACCUCCAUCCCUCUCCAUUUACCCGUCCGCUCUGCCCCUCGCUGUUCACGGCCAGACUUUGACUGUCCAGUGUGAGGCGUCUGGCUUUGCCCCCCUCUCCCUGGAACUGAGCUGGGAGUUUAAAGGCACCGAUGGGAAGUCCAGGCCUCUGGGAUCAGGCAGCGUAACAGGCCACAGGCAGGCCUGGGAUGGAACCUAUAGCCAGAGCACCCGGCUGGAGCUUGACACAACGAAGCUGGACCUGGGCAGAGGAGGGGAGGUCACCUGUGUGGCUGUCCAUCUUGGAGGAACACGACGGGCCAGCGUAACCCUCAAUGUCAUUGGUAAUGUGGAAUACUUUUGUUGUUUUAGACAUUUAUGAAGCUCUUUUGGCGACAAUGGUUUUGAUCUUUUUAUUCCAUAACAAGACAGAGGCCAGAUAAGGAUUUUUCUGCACAUUGCCAAGAUAUUAAUGGGUGAAUUAGCAGAGGCAGAUAUAUAAAUGUAAAACUGAUAGUGUGAUGUAAGUCCAUUGUUUGGGAUUUUGGUUAUAAUGAUAUACAUUUCAAGUCAUCAUUUAUGACUUUGACAGAUGCUGUAAAGUGACUGGUGCUCACUGAGCUAGAUUACGGUAAUUUUAUGCUGUGGGCCAGUAAAAAACCAUAGACCAUAAAUAUGAACGUAGUCUCCACGUCUUCAUUUAUUGGUUUCUGAAGAGCUGUUGUGAAGCUCAAAGUGAGUGGCUUCAGCCAUCGCCAUCUUCGCCGUGAUAACACGGCCUAACUCCCGGCUAAUCCAAAAUUAGGUAAAGAGGUGGAUCGUUGAUGGAGAUGAGGCGGUGACGCAGCAGACAGCUAGCGGAUAGCCACCUGUGAUGGUACACACCUGUGGCUCAAAGCUGCCACGCCCUUAAUUAUGCAUAACUUUAAGGCUUUAUAUAAUUCAAACAGGUGCGUUAUAUAAAAAUGAACACCGUUUUUGUACCAGGUUGUAAACAUGUUUAUUUCUGGUGUAAAGUUGGGCAUUUUAACAUGGGGGUCUAUUGGGAUCGACUCCCUUUUGGGGCCAGCCUCAAGUUGCCGUUUUUGGCACUUCAGCAUAGCAGCUUGGUAAAAACAUACUCAUGAAUGGCAAAGCUUAU